UUCCUCUACAUGUUCCAUACCGCAGCACACACACUCCUCACUCUUUAUAAGCACCAACCCCCUUCCCUGAAAGAAAAGAUCUCGCACUCGAGCUAGAGAGGAGCUAGGAGAGAGUUUGAUUAGCUAGCGAGAAGAUAGGCAUCCCCUUCAUGGCUGGCCUGAGCGUUCUGCUAGAGACCCACGAGAGCAACUCCAUCAAGGCCAAGAUCAUCAGCAAGGCCACCCUCCAUAGCCCCAAGACCUCCUCACCCCCUUGGUCGCCGGCAGCGAGGCCCACCGCAAGCACGAGUUCCUUCUUGCAGCGCUGCUUGCUGUGCCACAAGGAUCUAGCCGAGAACAAUGACAUCUACAUGUACAGAGGUGACAAGGCGUUCUGCAGCGUGGAGUGCCGGUGCAGGCAGAUCUUCAUCGACGAGGACGCCGGCAGCAGCUUCUGCGCAAAGGGCGCCUCCACCGCCGCCGUGCGGUCCGGCCGCCGUGCCACUGCCUCCGGCGGCGGCGUCAGCUUCGCGUACUGAUGUACUACCACCAACACGCAACACCAAGCAACCGGACGCACGUAGCACGUAACGUACGUGUGCAAAGGCAAGAAGAAAAGAAAAUAGAGCUGUUUAAAGAACGGAGUUAAGUACCGCCGUUAUGUGACAGCUCGUCGGCGGGGGCCCACACGCGACGGGGAGCGUACGUGUCCCGUGACCGUACCUAACGGAUAAGAUGGCCGGAGAGCUGGCCCCACCUGAAGCGGAUCAGGAUCCAAUAAACUGACGAUACCUUUUUUUAAUUCUUUAUUAUUAUAUCAUAUCACGUCUCUCCCGUCCCGUCUCGGUGGGGAUUAGCUUCUGCGUGAAGAUCAACUACAACUAAUUAAGCAUGGUGAGAAGGUGAGCUGACUGAGGCAGUGAGGCAGCUGUGGAUGUGGUUGUGUGAGUACAAGGAUGGAGUGAUUGCGAUAGAGUUUGACAUGCCUGGCGCCUUGUGAUUUUGUAUUCUAUUUCUGGGUGUAACAGUGCUAGCAAGCUAUCAACUGGUGUACUAUAUGGUUUGAAACUUUGGAUAA